AUUUCUGAUAAAUAUCAUUUCGAUUGAAUUUUUUCUUGGAUCCAUUUUGCAACAUUCGCUUCAAACUUCCUACCAAACGAAAUGAACGCUCAGCUGAAUUCCACAGCGAAUUUCAUUCAAGAAAACGCCGCCGGUAGUGAUUCCGACUCCAACUCCGACGAUUCGCCGGAAUAUUACCAGCCAAUCUCUUCCACCGCCGAUGAGGACGAUCCACACAACUCCGAUCACGAAGACUCCGACGAAUCUAGUGAUGUUCAUCGCCUCCCUAAUGGCUAUGCGAAUUGCGUUGAGAACGGAAUAUCAUCAUCACCGGAUCUAAGUGACGAGGAUGAAGAGUCGGAGGAGGCGGAGGAAGAGAGAAUAAGAACGGCGUCUGAUACCGCUGUACGGAGAGCGUUUACAGAGGACGAGAGCCGUCGGAAUACUCCGUUGACGGCGGAGAAUGCAACGAGAGUAAUGGAAGCUAUGCGGAGGAUUUCAUUUGGUGGAGUGGCUCCUGAUUGGACUAGCCAAGUUCCGGAGGAUCAGUGGAUUGAACAUCUACAAACAUUGAGAAGAUCACCAGCUACUGCUACGUCGACAAACUGAAACAGUUUGAUUUGCGAUUAAUUAGAAGCAAUCCACAGUCCAUUAAUCAAUUUGGUGGAAUACUUCAUGGUACUUUUUCCUUGAAGGACCUUGGACCUCUUCACUUUUUCCUUGGAAUUGAAGUUACCAGAAAUAAAGAUACCAUUCUGCUCACUUAACAAAAAUACAUUCGAGAUGUUCUUCUUUGCGCCAAAAUAGCUGAAGCCAAACCUAUUUCCACUCCAUCUACCCCAGGUUCUCUUCUUGUUCAUGAUGGUGAUCCUUUCCUUGAUCCUCACCUAUAUCAGAGUAUUGUUGGGGCUCUUCAAUAUGCCACUAUUACCCGUCCCGAAAUUUGUUAUGCUGUCAACCGGGUGUGCUAGUUUAUGCAUAAUCCAUCCACCACUCAUUGGGCUGCCGUAAAGCGUAUCUGUCGAUACCUUAAAGGUACACUUCACCAUGGUCUCCACUUGCGCUCAUGCACUGACUUCGGCUUGGUAGCCUUCUUGGAUGCUGGUUGGAUCUCUGACCCUGACGAUAGCUGCUCUCAACAUGGAUUGCUCUUAACUAUGGUGGCAAUUUAGUAAGUUGGUGCUCUAAGAAACAAAAGGCAGUCGCUCGCUCUAGUACAGAAGCUGAGUAUCGAGCCCUUGCCUUUGCUACUACCGAGAUUAUUUGGAUCGAGCAACUUUUAAAGGGCAGCCCGGUGCACUAAAGCUACCGCUAUGCGCAGUUUCCGGGGAAGGGCCCCACCACAAGUGGUGUAUCGUACGCAGCCUUACCUUGCAUUUCUGCCAGAGGCUGUUUCCAAGGCUUGAACCGUGGCCUCUUGGUCACAUGGCAGCAACUUUACAGUUACUCCAAGGCUCCCCUUUGGAUCGAGCAACUUUUACCUGAGUUAAAUGCUCCUCUUACACAACCUCCAAUUCUACUGUGUGACAACUUAAGUUCUACCUUUAUCUCUGCUAAUCCAGUCAUUCAUCAACGGUUGAAACACAUCAAGCUUGACUAUCAUUUUGUACGGGAGAAAGUAGAUGAUAAUUCAUUUGUUGUUCGCUUUGUUAGCUCUCAAAAUCAAAUAGCAGAUAUCUUUACAAAAGCGCUUGGUGCAACUCGUUUCAAUCUGUUGAGAUCCAAGCUCCAGAUCCACUUGCCAGGGGGUAUUAACUGAAAAUCUCUCAUAGCAGCCUUGUUCCUAAUUUCUCUAUAAUAUUAUUGUAUUGAAUAACUGAUGUAUUUUAUAUUAUUGUUAUUUGUUGUGUAUAUCUUAGUAGGUAGAUUAGAGAGAAUAUAGGAUUUGCAUUUAUCCUUUUAAAGGAUUCAUGUACACAGUGACUAUAUAAAUAACAUCUUCCUCUCGGCAGAAGUUUUAACCGAGAGUCUGCGAACUCCAUUAUUCUCCCAUUGUUUAUAUUUUUACAGUGUGACACUUAAUUUUCUUUGGUGAUCAAGCAUAGGAUCGUUGUACUAAAUACUACUAAUUUUUUUUUUUUUGAUAACCGUGGUAUCCGGGCCAGCUUGCGCGCACCUCGACUAAGUCCACGGGAUACGUGCCACCUCCCACCAGCAACCGGUACCAGGUAACCUAAAUACUACUAAUUUUCCCCUUCCAACAUAACAGUGGCAUAUAUUGUUCUUAUGAGAACAUGUCUUUUUGCCGAUAUACUCUCUCUACGAGGUAGGGGUAAGGUCUACCCACCCCAGACCUCACUUGUGGGAUUACAGUCGGUAUGUUAUUGUUGUUGAGAACGUAUGGGCAAGAUGUUGUAAAUGAUGGUGAUUGGUGGUCAAUGCUUGUGCAGCGGUUGAAAGGAAGUAAAAGAUAAAUCACAUGUAUCUUGUUCGCCUUUGGGAGGCACUGGUGACAAUGCUUUUGUGGUCGCCAUAUAAAUGUGUAAAUGGUCAUGUAUGCAAGUAGCAUUGGAGAGACUCAAGUUUGUCUAAUUGUGUAGCUUCAAGUGGCAAACUGGGCACAGAAAUGGCCAAUAUCUACGCCCAACCCCCGAUAAAAAGUGGAGGAAGUUGGUUGUUCAGUCUUCUAGAGCCUCUUUUAACAGCCUCUUCCCCUGGAAAACAGUUAGGGUGGAAGUUGGUUGUGUUUAGUCUCGUAGAGCCUCUUUUAACAGUCCAUUCCACGAAAAACAGUUAAGGUGGAAGUUGGGUGUGUUUAGUCUUGUAGAGCCUCUUUUAACAGUUCCGUCCCCCCAGAAAACAGUUAAGGGUGGAAGUUGGUAGUUUAGUCUUGUAGUGUGUCUUUUAACAUUUCCUCCAGAUUUGUGCUUUGUUGAUUGGCCUCUUUUCCAAAUAAACCGAACCUCGAUACCACAUUCAUCUUAAGAACUAGUUCAUAAUAUGGAAUAAUUAGUUUUUGUUGAACAAAAAUUUGUGGUUUGAUUUGCUUGAGCAUACUCCUUCAUGUAACAUCUGGUUUACUUCUGUCUCUCAAACCUGAGUAAACAUGUAUCUGGCCCUGUCGUAUUUUCUCUUGUUAAAAACUCUCACAUAAGGUAGGAUACGGAGUGUUGGUCCUUGUAAAUUACUGCUAUAAACAUUACAUAAACUGUCAUUGAAAUAUUCCUGGGAUUUAUGAUUGAAUUUCCUCCAUUAUGAAUUUGAAUUUGCAACAUAACUUUCUUCUUGCUCGUUCAACCAAAGUAGAAUGAUGUCUUUUAACUUGCCAAAUGAGUAGUAAAGACUUGUUCUUUGCUUCUGCCUUUAAAGCACAUUGUUGAUAAGAUCUUUUGUUCCCCCUGGUGGUGCUAAUAGUUGUAGACUUGUAGUAGUAAUGACAUUAUUAGGCCUUCUUCCUCUGAUUUUCUUAACCUUUAAUGCCUCGCAGUCUCUUGAGAAGGAAUUUGGGUUAUAAGGGAGGUUAUCAUAUGUGUCCUCUCAUUGAAGAAUUUUCAUCAAUGAACAUUUUUCAUUUGAAUUGAUUCAAUUUCCUUCCAUCUGUCACCGCCAGAUGAUGCUAAGCAUUAUGUAAUGCUUAACUUUGCUACUGCUAAAGUUGAUGAUAAUGUUUACACAUUUAAGCUUUAACGUAGUUUUUGUUAGAGAAGUUAAGAAUAGUCUAAUGAGUAACGAUAGCUCUUCCAGAGGUUAUAAAUAGUUACCAUCUUUUCUUCCCAUAUGUUCUAGCCUUGAUGGAUAUAGUUAUCUGGCAUUUGUUGCGAUAUCUGUUACUGGUGGGAGGUGGCGGGUAUCUAAUGGAUUUAGUCGAGGUGUGUGAAAGAUGGCCUGGACACCAUGGUUGUAAAAAAAUAAAUACUUACCAUCCUGUGAGAUUACGGCAGUUUUUAUGAAUCUUGAGAGAUUAAGG